AUGGGCCGAGUCCGCACCAAGACCGUGAAGAAGGCGGCCCGCGUGAUCGUGGAGAAGUACUACAGCAAGCUGACCCUGGACUUCCAGGUGAACAAGAAGAUCACCGAGGAGGUCGCCACUGUUCCCUCCAAGCGCUUGCGCAACAAGAUCGCAGGCUUCACCACGCACCUCAUGAAGCGUAUCCAGAAGGGCCCCGUCCGCGGCAUCUCCUUGAAGCUGCAGGAGGAGGAGCGCGAGAGGCGCAUGGAGUUCGUCAACACUGAGUUCAUCCAGGUGGACCCGGACACCAGAGACAUGCUAAAGGAGCUGGAGAUGGACCGUCUUCCCAACAUUACCACCUCCAAUGCGACGCUCACUGGAAUCACCAUGGGCACCGGACUUGGGAUAAGGUUUACAUGCUGUUUGCGCCAUAGGACCGAGUACAGGAGCUUUCAACUUGAGCCAUUUUGUUCGAUUGUUACGGCAAAACUGUUGAAAAGCUGUCCUUGCGCUUCGCUUCCAAAUUAA